AUGGUUUCUCACUCUCUAUCAAUGCAGCUAAUGAUACUUGUGGAUGAUGCUGGUGGAGUUCUGCCUGCUAUUAAUCAUUCACCAUGGAAUGGAUUGACACUUGCAGAUGUAGUCAUGCCAUUUUUCCUAUUCAUUGUCGGUGUUGCGCUUGGACUCACAUACAAGGUUCCAGUUGCAGCCUCUUCUUCCGCCCCAAAGAUAUUUCCAGUUAAAUGUGGAGUAAGGGGCGACACUGGACCUGCUUGUAAUGCUGUUGGAAUGAUUGAUCGUACAGUUUUGGGAAUUCAACACCUAUAUAGAAAGCCUAUCUAUGCACGAACUAAUCCAUGCAGCAUCAAUUCCCCUGAUUAUGGCCCGCUGCCUCCAGAUGCUCCUUCAUGGUGUCAGGCCCCUUUUGAUCCUGAAGGACUCCUGAGUCCUCAGGCCAAGAAAACAUAA